AUGCAGCCGUCGCCUAAUCGCUCGCAGCCCCUGCUGGCCAGCGCGCCGCCUUCGCCGCCCGUUCGCGGCCUCUGCCCACCCGCGCGCUGCCCCUUACCCGCGCGCUACCCCUUACCUGCGCGCGCGCUGCCUAUGCCAGCCAGCGCACCGCCCACCUGCAGCCCGCGCUCUGCCUUUGCUGAUCCGUGCGCCGCCACUGCAGCCCUGCGCGCCGCUUCUCCUGGCCUGCUCUCUGCCCUGCAGUCCUUUGCCACUUGGCUCGACGACCUGCAACUGUUUCUUAUGACUGAUGCCAAAGACGGAGUUUCACUGUUCGAUUACGCGUCUGGCACUUUCGUUGCUCCUGCUGACACUGCUGCCGCUCUCGACCACUCACAGUGGCAGACUCGUGAUGCUACUACGCGCCUCGCUAUUCGCAACUAUCUGCCAAUCACUGAGCGCGCGCACUUUAGUCAGCACAAGACUGCCAAGGCACUGUAUGAGGCUGUAGUUGCUCGCUACUCUUCCCCAGCCACUGCACCCAUAGGCCGUCUUAUGCUACCCUACCUGUUCCCCGACCUGUCCUCGUUUACCACUGCUGAGGACCUCAUCUCUCACCUGCGCUCUAGUGACGCUCGCUUUCGUGCCGCCCUUUCAGACGAGUUCCUCGCCGAGAAUCACCCCCCGAUGUACUUUACCCUCUACUUCCUCGUCACCCGCCUCCCUGACACUCUUCGCUCAGUCAGGGACCACUUUCUAGCCCUAGACCCUACCACUCUCACUGUCGCCGACUUCGAGAAGCACCUCCUCACAGCCGAAAAGAACAUUCUUGCUGUAGGUGCUACUCGUGGCACUCCUCGCACUCCCCUCUUUGAGGGGUGCUCCCCCUCCCCUCUUGUCCCCUCCUACGCCUCUGCUGCUGCUGCUCUCGACUACCUUGGUGCUGAGGAGGUCGGGGCUGCUUCUGCUCCUAGUGGGAAGCGUCACAGUGCCAGGGGCAACAGGGGUGGCAGGGGAGGUGGAGGUGGCGGUGGAGGGGGCGGUAGUGGAGGCGGUGGGGGAGGUGGAGGUGGUGCGGGUGGUCGUGGGGGUGGAGGUGGUGGUGGGGGUGGCGGUGGUACUGGGAGCAGUGGAGGAGGCAGCGGCGGUAGUGGGGGAGGAGGGAGUGGUAGUGGCAGCGGUGGUGGGGGCUGGAGUGGAACCGGCCAGAAGGGGAGCUCCAGUGGUGGCCAGGGACAGAAGCAGCAGAGGCAGCAGAAGUAG